AUGAAUUCGCCAAGGAGCGACGCCUAUCACAUUUUAGGGGCCCUUCUUGCCAGCGCCCUCGCCCUAGCACUCCUGGCCUUCGUAUUCGCCGUCAAAAGCUGUGCAGGCUCCUUGGAGAAACUCUCCGGAACUCUCUUAUUACUGAACUGCAUUCCAGGCAUCCUGGUCUUGGCUGCCGUGGCAUAUUACAACGCCAGGUUGGAUAACACCUGUCGCAUAAUGGCGGUGAUCGGAAUGACCUUCGCACAGGCCAAGCUACUAUUAAAGUAG